UCUCAAUCAAGAACAGAAGGCUUAAUGCACAUAUGUUUAUUAUGAAGCAAGAAGUACACUGAACUAAAUCACACCCCAUUGAGCAAUGAUCAAUGCCUAAAUUUUAUAAGUGGUGACCAAGAUACCAAUUAUGUGACCACUGUACGGAAACCGAAGCUUGGUAAUAUCACGGUCCCAUUUUCAAACUGUUCAAAUUCUUCCGACGUAAAUUAUUAGAUAUUGCUAGUGCUAAGUGUAGAUGACUAAAAAUGUUAAAGUAUGUUCACGAGAAAUACGUGUGCCAUCAUAAAAACCUCUUUAUGAGGUUUUCACAUCACUUAACCGUUGGUGCUACAGGUACGUAGCUCUUUCGUGUUUUAAUUUACUUCUUUUACCGUAUCUCGGUCACCCUACUUCACUUAUUGUCAUGACAGCCGAUAUAACUGAUUGAUCACGCCGUUGAGGUCAUCUCUUACCAUCCGCUGACCUUAAUUUUCCAUUUAAUUACAUGCCUGCACGAUUCAGCUUACCCAUUGGCUAACAGCACGUCAACUAAUCCCAAAAAGUGCACAUAGUUGAAAUUUCAAUUUAAAAGUGAUUUGAUUGGAAAGUCGUGUAAGCACUAGAAAAAAAAAAAAGGGAGAGGGGAGGGGGGGGGGUAAAUUUGAACAAAGUAACAGCGUUUGGAAGAGAGUGCUAGGAAUAAUACAAAAACAACAAUUUACAACCUCACUCUAAAUAUCUUAAGUAUCAUUGUUAUACCCCUUGCCGGCAAAUAAAAAUUAUUUAAGGCACACAACUAAUUAGACCGCGAUAGUUAUCUGUCUUCAGGUUCAAAACCUUUGAUUUGAAGGGAAACUGAAAAUGUUGAGUUAUAAUUUAUCUAACUGUUCACACUGCUAAGCCAAGCAUCGUUCCAAGAAGAAAAGGUGGACUCUUGGCGAGUGUAAACAUGAUGCCUUUCCAACGUAACGUUAACGGCUAAGUGAAUGUUUAACCUUAACAGCCGGUAUCCAUGGUUACUCAUUCCCACACCAUGAAUAGGAUAUAAGUAACACUCUUUCCGGGAUGUCACAUAUCAAGACCGACCGGCAUUCAGAUAACAAGUCUUAUCUGGGAAAGUCGUGGUUGCAUCCUUCACUUGUGAUUAGCCAAUCUUUUUCCUUUUGAGAACAAACGGUUCACUGGUCAGACGAACUCGCUCUAUUGUCAUAACUAAUUGAUCACGCCAGCGAAGACAUCUCCUACGAAGACACACUCAGAGACAAGAGCACUGUGACUCAGUAGUUGAUUCAGUGAUGAGUGAUAAUCUUUUUAAGAAAAACGUAAUUUUGCUCAGGUUUGAGGAUUGUCAAAGAGAUAAUGGACACGUACUUCUGCCCACCACUAUCGACAUGGCCAGAAUAAAAAGGCCAGAAACAGGACAAUAUAGAAAAGAUGUGCAGUUUUCUAGAAACAUGUCAGAAGAUAUGGUUAAACAAAGACUCCAGGAGGUCUUUCCAUCCUUUAACUUAGAUGGGGGAUUUUUCUGCGCAGCUGUCAGGCAAUCAAGUAACGCAUUUCAGUUUCAUGGGGUCCCCCGCAUUUGGGAUGGGCGGACAAUUAAGAGAAACUUAGGAGGCAACUCAGCUCUCUACAUCAUCAUGGAUGGGCCUGUUGAGCCUAAUCAAGGUUUGUUACAAUGGAUUUAAAACAACCUUCGUUAUGAUGUUACAAUUGACCCAGAAGAAAGUCCUUUGCGGGGUGGACGUCCUUUCCGUAUUGACUUUAUGCCAGAUCUUCAGCCAGAGGUUACUUCAGGGUUGGCUAUCUUUAAGAAGUCAGACGAUAUUUUUGGUACUGUUGAGUUGGACAGAUCACGGUUUGGUCACUUAUUCGGAAGCCACAUUCCAGCCGCUAGAGAAUCUGGUAUCGCUGAUGUGGAAAUAGAAUCACAGUACAGAGCUCACCUUGGGACUGCAAGGAUAUUCUACUAUCCAGGUAAAGAGCAAGCUACAAUGAUGGUCCAACAGCCAGGCUUGUUCGGAAGGAUUUGUAAGGAACUAAACCAACAAUCGGUUUACAACUCUGAUACCAGUGCGGGCACAGCACAAGCUUCGUUACCUCUUGGACACGCCCACCAAGUUCAGUUACUAUGCCUCCUGGUUUUCACGGCGGCAAAAGAGGGAGCACAGCAGUUUGUUGAGAUGAUCUUCUCUUCUUCGGCUGGAAGAAUUGUGUUUGAUGCAUAUAAUGGAAGUUCACCUCUGCCAGAAGAGGUUGCUUUGGAACAUGGGAACAAAGAGACAGCUCGUUAUUUUGAAAAAACAACCAAAAGACUCUCGACCGAGAUAAGCAAUGGUAAAGAAUGCUCGAAUGUGAUCGAUUGGUCAGAACUUGCAAAAGCUGCUAUGAGGGCUCAACAGGAGUCUGAUCUUGCCAACGAGUUAGAACGCGCUCUGACUAUUGAGAAUGCUGACGACACACGCCAUUUGAGACAUUUUUACGCGUCCCCCUCUUCAGCUUGCCAAAGCCCAGACUCAAAGGGGACUGCCACAACAAAAUUGAAAGAAAACAAUAAUGUUUGGAACUACACAGAAACUCAGUCGAAGUGAUUCUGACACCAGCAAGAACGCUGUUCUUGUUGGUGAAAAAGUGGGGGAGCAGAAAUCCUCAUACAAAUAUCUUAGAGUGUACUUAGACUAACAUUUGACUUUUUUCUAAGCUAUUAACAAAGUAGCCAGCCAAUUAAGCUUCUUAUCAGGAUUAGAGAUGGCCUUACUUUUCAGGCUGAAUUAGAUUAUUGUGAUUUUAUAUGGAAUAAUUUAGCACCAAGUAUUCUCGGAAAAUUAGAAAGCCUUCAGACCAGAGCGGCGAAAAUAGUCUUAAAAGAACAAUCACUGUCAGAUGAGUAGUUACUUCAACAGUUGGGUUAAAAAACCCUCCAUUCACGAUGUAUGAUACGUAGAUUGACGUUUGUUUUCAAUUGACGUCAUUGAACAUACGUCAUCGUCUCGUCAAUUGACGUCAUCGAGAACUGUUCUCGAUGUAUGAUACGUAUAUAGAUUGACGUUCGUUUUCAAGUGUCUUCAGUCAUACGGACCAGAAAUUUUCAUGAACUAUUAUAGUAUGUCUAAUCAUUCUCAGGUUACCCGUAGAAAUGGCAUAGAUAUUAUAAUUCCUAAGGUUAGAACAGAAGUGGCAAAAAAGGGUUGUUUUUAUGCUGGGGCCUAAGCAUUCAAUGAUUUGUCGCUUGAAUUAAAAUCAAUUAAGUCAUUGUCUGAGUUUUUGACACAUGUCGUCUAAGUCUUUCUGUUUUGCAUACAAAA